AUGUUCGCCAGUGUUCUGCCAGAACGACUAAGGAACGAUAAUGAUGAUGAUGACGACUCGCAGGUGGAUUUUAGUGCCCCCCCUGGCGGUAUGGGGCCUCGCGAGGGUCAUAUGCAGUAUAUGCACCAGUCUAUAUUCGGCAUGAUUGCUGCGGUGGGUUCGAGAUCUGGGUUUCAUGCACGGUACGACGAGUCGAGUGAUAGUGAUGGGGAGGAUGAGAGCCGUGCCCGCAAAGACGCCGAGAACUUGUCUGCUACCGCUGGUGCACUGCCAAAGAGGAGCGGAAAUGAAUCGCCGCGAUUAUCCCCCAAGCCGCAGAGCCCGACCCCGGAGCGCGGGCGUCGCCACCGACGAACAAUAUCCGAUCAUAAGUUAUUGCGCCCGUUCAAGUUAAAUUCGAAACAGAACAAAGGCCAGGAACCGGCUGUACAGUCUGAGCCUCAGACGGGUGAUGAAAUGUCUCGAGCUUCCACUCCUAAACGGCCUCGCAGUGUCACUCCUAGGGCAGCCCCUGUUCUUAGUCGCAUGGUAGAAGCACGGGCUCUGUUGGAUACAGAGGACUCGACUAAAGGCGCCCCGUCUACUACGGAAGAAAUCCGUGACGAGGGCCCUACCCAGAAAUCUGCAUCAGCACUUUCGCUGCGGUUAAAGGAGAUGUUCGGUUUUGAGGCACCGGAGAAGGUGCUCGUUGAGUACGCAUGCUCUUUCUUGCAAAGCAUGCUCCUGCAGGGGUACAUGUAUGUCACAGAAGGGCACGUCUGCUUCUAUGCCUACCUCCCUCGGAAGUCCACCGUGGCCAUCAAGUCCGGAUAUGUCUAUAAACGUGGCCGAAAGAACCCCAAAUACAAUCGGUAUUGGUUCUCGCUGAAAGGGGACGUCCUCUCAUACUAUGCAGACCCAUCGAAACUCUACUUUCCCAGCGGCCAUGUUGAUCUCCGCUACGGGAUUUCGGCUUCUUUAGCUGAGCCAAAAGACAAAGGGCGAGAAGUCAAAGACUUCCAAGUCACCACCGACCAGCGAACAUAUUACUUCAGAGCCGAUAGCUCCUCGAGCGCCAAAGAGUGGGUCAAAGCUCUGCAGAAGGUCAUCUUUCGCACACACAACGACAAGGGCAGCGUCAAGAUUUCCUUCCCCAUUGAGAACAUCAUCGAUAUCGAAGAGAGUCCCAUGGUAGACUUUGCGGAAACUUUCAAAAUCCGCGUGGUGGAGAGUGAGGAAACCUACGCUAUCGAUGAGUACUACUUCACCUCUUUCAAUUACGGCCAGGAUGCAUUCAACUUCCUAAAAGGUCUUGUUGCCGACACGCCUAUGAAGCGGUCGCAACAGACCUUAUCACCACAACCUGAACAAACGUCUCGUUCUCGCCGUACCCGUGGCUCUCAAAAUAGGUGGUCGAUCACCAGCGCGACUAGCCAGUCUCGGGGCAUUGGAAAGUCUGGUAAUCGAAGACGAAGCGCAAGCACGGGGCAGUUCAGUUUCGGGCAUGAUGCCUUGAAGAAGACUGUUCGUCGGCACUCGGACGAGACAGCGCGGUCGGUGCAUACGACCAGGAAUGGUCCUGAGAUACAGUACGCCGUGAGCGAGUCUGACCGUGAUACUCAGACUCCUUCUGGACUUCACCCUUCCACUCCAGCUUUGAAUGAACUUGUCCGGGCUGGGGUGUAUCCCCUGCAGCGCGCCGCUGGAUUCGCUGAGUACUUGAAGACACGAUCGAAGCAGAUGAGCAACUUACUGGCGAGUGAAUCUAUGGGCUAUUUAGAGAAGGUUUCUGGGAUGUGGGCCGGUGGUGGCAAGCAUUACGGAGAAUCCGAGAACAUACUCCCGGAUGACCAGGCCGUUGAUCCCGAAGACCUCGAGGCUGGUUGUAAAGACGGUGACCGAUUCCGUGAGCACUUUGCCCUUCCACCAAGUGAGAAGUUGCAGGCAUCAUACUUUGCGUGGCUGCAUCGGAUGAUCCCACUGUACGGCAAGAUCUAUAUUAGCCAGAAAAAGCUGUGCUUUCGCAGUCUUAUGCCUGGGACUCGUACGAAGAUGAUCCUUCCGCUUAAGGAUGUCGAAAAUGUGGAUAAGGAAAAAGGGUUCAAUUUUGGCCGCCAUGGGCUCGUUGUCGUUAUUCGAGGCCACGAAGAGUUAUUUUUCGAGUUUGGCACAGCUGACACCCGAGACGAUUGCGCUGUUACGCUGCACAAAGGCCUUGAGUCUACGAAGUUUUUAAUGGCGUCCGGACUACUUGCAGAGUGCGAAGAGAAGGAUGAGUCUGAAUCCGCCACAGCAGAGCACCGUUUGCUACAGGAGGCCAGGCUGGACAUCACUGGUAUGCACAGUUCCCGCUCGGCGAUGGCAGCAUCCAACGAAUUGCAUCCCAUCUUCGAUGACCCUCGCGCCUCCAUCAUCAAUUUCAAGCCCACCGAAUCUUUGAGGAUUACGUGUCUCACAAUAGGCUCCCGUGGCGAUGUGCAACCGUACAUUGCAUUAUGUAAAGGCCUUCUUGCCGAAGGGCAUAGGCCCAAGAUUGCAACUCACGCGGAGUUUGAGCCUUGGGUGAGAAAGCAUGGCAUUGACUUUGCGCUAGUCGAUGGUGAUCCGGCAGAGCUUAUGCGGAUAUGUGUAGAGAACGGAAUGUUUACCUACUCGUUCUUCAAAGAGGCAACGGCAAAGUUUCGGGGAUGGAUUGACGACUUGCUGUCGUCUGCGUGGAAAGCUUGCCAGGACACAGAUCUCCUCAUCGAAUCCCCAAGUGCGAUGGCUGGGAUACACAUCGCCGAGGCACUCCGAAUCCCAUACUUCCGCGCCUUUACAAUGCCUUGGUCAAGAACACGAGCAUAUCCCCAUGCAUUUGCGGUUCCUGAGCACAAGAUGGGCGGUGCAUACAACUACAUCACUUACGUUAUGUUUGAUAACGUAUUUUGGAAGUCAGUUGCGGGACAGGUGAACCGCUGGCGGAAGAAAGAAUUGGGUUUGAAGGCAACCGGUCUGGACAAGAUGCAGCCGAAUAAGGUUCCAUUCCUUUACAACUAUUCCCCCACCGUGGUGCCCCCACCGCUAGACUAUCCAGACUGGAUUCGCAUAACUGGGUACUGGUUUCUCAGUGAGGGUUCUGACUGGACCCCUCCAGCGGAACUGGUCGACUUUAUCCAACGUGCUCGCAAGGAUGAGAAGAAGGUCGUUUACAUCGGGUUCGGGUCAAUCGUUGUGUCCGAUCCUUCCGCUCUCACGCGCACUGUCAUCGAAUCCGUUCAAAAGGCCGAUGUCCGCUGCAUCCUGUCCAAGGGCUGGUCUGAUCGUCUAGGAGACCCGGCUAGUGCGAAAUCAGAGGUCCCUCUCCCGCCGGAGAUCUACCAGAUUCAAUCGGCACCUCAUGACUGGCUCUUCUCGCAUAUCGAUGCCGCCGCGCACCAUGGUGGCGCUGGAACUACCGGAGCAAGUCUGCGCGCCGGUGUCCCUACCAUUGUCAAGCCAUUCUUUGGCGACCAGUUCUUUUUCGGAACGCGAGUUGAAGACUUGGGCGUGGGUAUCUGUUUAAAGAAGCUGAACGUCACGAUGUUCUCACGGGCUCUGUGGGAGGCAACUCAUGACGAGCGCAUGAUUGUUAAAGCCCACAAGCUAGGAGCGCAAAUCCGAAGUGUAAGUUGGAUACAACUCGGUGAUGUUGACCUGCUAACGAUCGAUCAGGAGGACGGGGUGGACACGGCUAUCCAGGCGAUCUACCGUGACCUAGAGUACGCCAAAACCCUGGCUCAAGCGCGCUCCAAUGUAUCUUCGACGCCGUUCUCGCCCACGCCGUCGGCGAAGACAGUGGCAGAGCAGGAAGCGGAUGAGGACGUACCCGAGGAGGAGUGGACAAUUGUCGAGGACGAUACCGAGUUGGAGAUGCGGCCGACUGUCGCCUGA